AAGAGACGCUUCCACUAUGCAUGGCCAACACUGGCCAUUCAGAAAAGCUGCUGCGCUGGGGUGAACUUGCACAGGACCUGCAGGCAACAGUCAGCGGAGCGCCGGGACAGGCUGCUGCAGCGCGGGAGCGGAGCUGAAAAGUCCCGUCAGGCUGGCUCAGAGCGUCGGGGAAUUCCCCCCAAGUGGGUCGCUGUGCAAGUAGAGAGCCAUGAAGGGCACAUUGUUGGGGAAGUUACCCACCCGUGAAGCGCGCAGAGCCCGGCAUGUCCGAGGACGGGAGCGCUAAGGAGCGCAGCUGAGGCGCUUCAUCACCGACAACCUUCCCCGGACCAGAUGGUGCCGUCAACAUGACUCGGACGCUCCUCAUCCUCGCUUACUUCCUUAUGACUUUGCUUCACUGUAGCAAAUGUGCUGACUCAGAGGAACGCUUGAUGAACUGGCUGCUAGGAAAGGAACGCUACAACCCGCUCAUUCGGCCAGCCGUCAACAGGACAGAGAGGGUCACAGUAAAGCUGCAAGUGUCCCUUGCACAACUCAUCAGCGUGAAUGAAAGAGAACAGAUCAUGACCACAAAUGUUUGGCUCACUCAGCACUGGGUUGAUUACAGGUUGUCAUGGGACCCUGCAAAGUAUGAAGGUAUCGACAAGCUUCGUAUUCCCUCCAGGCACAUUUGGCUUCCUGAUAUCGUCUUGUACAACAAUGCUGAUGGAACCUACGAGGUCACCGUCUUCACCAACGCCAUUGUCCUUUUCAAUGGCAGCAUCAACUGGCUUCCACCAGCCAUCUAUAAGAGCGCCUGUAAGAUCGAAGUCAAGCAUUUUCCCUUUGACCAGCAGAACUGUACCCUCAAGUUUCGCUCCUGGACCUACGACCACACAGAAAUUGACCUGAUCUUGAAGUCUGAGGUUGCUAGUAUGGAUGACUUUACACCCAGUGGAGAAUGGGACAUCUUGGCUUUACCAGGCAGACGAACCGUCAACCCUCUGGAUCCUACUUAUGUGGACCUCACAUAUGACUUUAUCAUCAAGAGGAAACCCCUGUUCUACACCAUAAACCUCAUCAUCCCAUGUGUUCUGAUCACCUCACUGGCCAUACUGGUCUUCUACUUGCCUUCGGACUGUGGAGAGAAGAUGACACUUUGCAUUUCUGUCCUCUUGGCUCUCACAGUGUUCCUCCUUUUAAUCUCAAAGAUCGUUCCUCCUACGUCACUGGAUGUACCCCUAAUCGGCAAGUACCUGAUGUUCACCAUGGUGCUUGUGACCUUCUCCAUUAUCACCAGUGUGUGCGUGCUUAAUGUGCACCACCGCUCUCCAAGCACCCAUACAAUGCCGGCCUGGGUCAAGCUGAUAUUCCUCGUCAAACUACCUGCUUUACUCUUCAUGAAACGGCCUCACAACUACUCUGCUCGUCAGAGACUGCGUCAGCAGCGCUGCCUAAGGGCCAGGAGAGCUAUUAUGGGUCUGAGUUACCCGGUCGCCCCCAAAACAGGUUUCAACUUGUCUACUUCUGCCCUGCUUUCCUCUGACUCUGCCUUCUCUACUCCAGGACAUAAAAAUGUUGCUCCUCCAGGGGCACACAGCUACACCAACAGGAUGGAGUCCAUGCGGUCUGGUGAUUACCUUUUCAGCGGCUUCAGUUCCACCCAGGACCUUCAGCAAAGAGGCAACUCUGACUGGGCUGCCGAUGUGCAGGAGGCAGUGAAUGGAGUGCGCUUUGUAGCUGAGCACAUGAUGAGUGACGAUGAUGAUCAAAGUGUAAUAGAAGACUGGAAGUACGUGGCCAUGGUGGUGGACCGUAUGUUCCUGUGGAUCUUUGUCAUAGUGUGUGUGGUGGGCACCCUGGGCUUGUUUCUCCAGCCCGUCUUCCAGCGUCAGAUCGUUCCCAACCAGCAGCCCAUUUCAGAGACUCCUCGCAUACGAUGAGCGUCGAGGGAUGAGGUGCAACACCUGGACCUUAAUUCAAUGCUCUUAGACGCUGCAGUUGUGAGGAGAGCCAGCGAUGUAAAAAUAUUCCAGGUGUUUACUGCAGAGGGACCAUAAGAACUGACCUACUGGACCUCCCAUUCAAAUCUAACAGACAUCACAUCUGAAAGGGUUCAGUCCUGAUCUGUAAACAAAUAAUACAGUACACAGAUAGGACACUGGAUCUACCUGUUAAAAUGCCCUAAUCCAAUUAAGCCACAUUUUAAGG